UAACCGUUAGUUUUAUUCCUUCAUUCGUACCACGUUCUUUUAUCAAAUGCUUCGUUUUUCGAGUUCUUUUUAUUAAUUUUCGCAAUUCGAGGAUCGAUGAUUUCGUUCUCAACACGAAUUCUCUCUAUCCUGUCAUUCUCUCAGUACUUGGAGUAUUCGUAACUAUACCGAAAAUUCUUCUCGAGGAUUAACCCGAAUUGAUAUCUUGGAUUGUUCCGUACAGAUACCGUAUGAAAAAUGGCUGAAGUUCAGAGCAACGUGUACGAUCUUGUGUUUCCGAGUCCGCCAACCUUAAAAGAAAUCAUUCCCAUCUCAAUCGCUGUGCAGUUAUGGCACCAAGAAAUUAACACGCACCGUAUGAAAAAUACUUUGAAUCAGCUUGAUCUAAAACAGUAUAUUUUAUCGAGUAACUCCUCGCCUCGUAUACCGUCAUCAAUCCUGUCGCAAAUUGAAACAGCUGUCAAUCAAUUCGGACUGUCAAUUCAGGGGUGGCUACUUCAUCACCAAAAGCUAUUCAAGAAUGAAAUUUUCAACGAUUUCAUAGAUUUUGUUGGAGAUUUCGACUGCUCAAUUCAUUACGUUAGAACUGCCAAACGACUUGUACUGUGCGAUCAAAUUGACCAAAUUCUAAGAUUCAAGAUUGCUUGUGCGUAUUGCUUCGAAGAUGAUAUUUUACGAAUUUGGCCUUUGGUAUCAGCUCACCUUGAUUUGAGAGAUAUUUCAUUUUACGAGUAUCCUACGCUAUUUUACUGGAUUUGCCAGUUACAGCAUCAAUUAUACAAGUUGCCUCGAUCUCACGCAAACAAUUACAAUCAAUCUAUCGAGGAACGAAUCCUUUUAAAUUAUUCUCAUGAUUCUUGGACCUGUGUGGUAUACUUCUGGAAUCGGCUAGACUUUGAAAGUCGAAUGAGAAUUGCAACAUGUCAUGCGCAUAUACUUGGUCAGAAUUUCGCUAAAAUAUUUAGUAGAUAUUUGGCGAAAACGUUUGAUGAAGUGCAGCUUGAUCAAAUUGCUAAUACCAGCGGGUGGCAGAUUAUUGCUACUUUGUUACAUAAAGUACUUCGCAAGAAAGGAAAUGAAAGUCUCUACGCCUUGUCAAUAUGGAAUUACCUUAAAAAUAAAAUUAACGGAGAUAAGUUCAUCAUUCUAAUUCGAAAAAUAAUUAAUGAUCUGUGUGCAGUAUGUCAGUCUCACGGUCAUUAUGAAACUCUAGGUGAUAUAUCCUCUUACGAAGAGUUAUGUGCCAGUACACCAGAUCAACUCAGACAGCAAGCAAUUCAAGCUAUUGAUAUAUCCGCUUCCGCUUACACAGAGUUAUGUGCCAGUACACCAGAUCUUAUGAAACAGCAAGCAAUUCAAGCUAUCUUGCUAGAUCACUCAUUGUUCGAGAUACCUAACUACGUGCAAUACUCCGGUCACCCUGCGAGUGGUUCUGUUUUAUUCAAAUUUUUAUUCACACUUUUGACAGAUGCGGCAAUUGAAGACAGAAGUAAAUUUUGGAACACAUUUUGGAGUAGAUUGUUGCCUCUAUUGGGCACAGCACAAUUUGAUCAAUUGAUGACCUUGUGUUUUAAUAAUGAUGAAACAGAAAUUGUCAAAUUCAAGCUGAACUCGAUGUCUAAAAUGCAAAACGUACGAAAGAAAUGCCUUAUAUUACUUAAAAACAGAUAUUUUGAAGAACUCAACGACUUUCUGAAAUUAUGUUUUCCCGAUGAAAAAAGGCGUAGAAAAAUACGCUUUCGCCUGCUGAAAGACUUCAAUGUGGGUAAUGAGGAUGUUACAAAUCCAUUUCCGCUCAAUGAUUUUAUCAACGAUGCUUGCGACGAUGUUAAUGCGGCUGCAGUUUUCAGAACAAAGUUAUUGAUGUCCUCUCCUUCAACUGUCACAGCAUUAAAAAGCGCCUGCUACCGUACAAAUUUUUAUCAGGCUUUACGAUUUAUCGAUGCAUUGGCACCAACACAACAGGUUGCGUCUGACUGUAAAAGACUCCAUGUCUUUCCGAUAUUCGAGCAAAAGUUACGUACUGAUUACUGUCUCCUUCAUUUUGAAGAACACCAGCUUUCAAAUUUUUUGCUCGAGUGUUUAGGUAACGACGAUGAAAUUACACGGUUUAAACAGACUUUCAAUGUGGAUGAAGUAGUCCAAUGUGUUAUUCGAAGCGCAUUGCCCAAAACUGUAAUUUUAAAGUAUAAUCCUUUUCUGGCUGAAUUUUUAGAGUGGUAUUUUGAUACUCCAGAAGCGCUCGAAGAGUUUCAGUCGAGGUAUGCUAAUGACAACGUGUUUGUGCAGUUAACCAACAAAAGUGAAUGAAACUUUGCGUCUUUUCUCUUUGAAUGUUUAUUUGCCAUAAAUUAAUAAGUAUUUUACGUAAUAGCUGCUCAGCAUUUCAAGCAUAUAGAUAGUAUACUUAUCUACCUAUUGCAUAUUUACUUGAAUGAGUGCCUUAUUAAUAAUUUAUCAUUAGGUAUCAUGCUAUAUUCUUAAAAAAAUUGGUGUACUUACUGAAUGUUGACUAUGAGGACCUAAUACUUACUUACGUAUAUUUAUGUGGUUAUAUUUCUGAUUUUUCUGAAUACCUAAUAAGUUAUUGAAAAAGAUUUCCUACGGUUCAUUUCUUCUAUUUUUAGUUCUAUUUAGAAUUUUAGAUAUUACAUUUUUUUGAGAAUAAAGUUUGCUAUUACCUACGGUCCAUCGGGGCAUUUGAUGCUGUAUUAAUUUUACUCUCCCAUUUUGUUUUUUAAUAAACAUAUUUCUAAUUCACCAUAGAGUCCCGAUAAUGUACCAUUAAUAUCCAACUGAUACUUUCUAAUGUAAUAGGCAACAGUUCUGAGACUAGGAUGUGUAGAUGCAUAUGACACAUGCCUAAGAUUUGAAGGCGCCAAGUUGUGCUCCCAUAAAAAAUAUUUUUAUUUUCGGUUUUGCUAGACAAUUCAGGAUAUGUUGGUAUUAUGAUGAUAAUUGAAUCACCCAAUGUUGGGAACUCCUCCAGUCCUUUCUUUCAGGUGACUCACCGAGCCAAAAUUCAUGUUUAGAUGAAUAUCAAUUUUUCUUUCUUAUCUACAGGAACAUGGCAAAAAAUGGCCGCGAGCCUGCCACUUUAUUGUUAUCAAUUCUGAGGUAACUUGCAGCCAAUGAUAUUUAAGCGUUCACAUGACGUCAGCUUCAUUCAGCCAAUCAAACGUUUGUUUUUGGUUUCUUACUUCAGAAAUGAUAAGGGAGCCAGGCGCAUUGCUAUUCACAUGACAUUAUCGAACUUUGUGAUUUCUUUUUCUUUUUCACUCUCGCUUCCUUUCUCUAUACUUAAGGUAAGUAAGAAAGCAACGGGAUUAAUUAAUGUGCAUUGUUCUCAUGUGUGAAUUCCUCACAACCUGAUUCAAUUAUCGAGCAGAUUGGUUCAGUUGGUAUUGCGGGAAGUAAAUACCCACACAUAAGUACAAACAUUUUUCGAUUUCCCCAAAUUCGCCGACUUGAAUUUAAAAAAUCCCUCCCUCCACCCACACAAAAUUUUCCAAUUUCAUAAAAACUUGCCAGUGGCGGAUUUAAAGAUUGGGGCCGCGAAGGCAAUUGGGAGCGUGAUGGGAUAAAGUUGAAUUGUUCAUGUGAUACAUUGUUUUUCAGGUUCCUAAGAUGCUGUGUACAAAUGUGCACUCAAUUUUUACUAAAAUCUCCUUAUCUUUUGAUUGUGCAAAAUUGAAUUUUUCUGAAUUUAAAAUUUUAGAUUUUAGAUUUGAAUUAAAACUUUUCAAAAAUUCCAAAGGAAAGUGAAUUGGCUCGAGCAGAGCGAGGAGGACGAGGCCAGGAUCGCCUAUUUAUCUAGCUAAUUACAUAAUACGCUCUUUACUGCGCAUUUAGUCAUUGUAUACCUAACUUAUUAGGUAGGUACCUGUACCUAUUUAAGAACGAACAAUUUCAAUCUCAACAUUUUAUUUGUCUUAACAACACGCAUAAGAAAUAUGACUAAAUUUUUCAUAUUUUUUGGGUCGCAACUGUUUUGGAUGAACGCAGUAAUGUUGAACCAUUCGUUUAGAAAUUAUCAAAAUCCUUACUAGGUUCUUAAAUUUUCCACUUGAGCAUUUUACCUAUGUAUCUCAAUUCUAGGUUUUUAGAAAUGCCGGUUUAAUACCAAAAAUAAUCUGUCAUUUGGUCAAUGUCCUAGAAUUUUCCACGUUGAUUUCCAUUAUCAAAAAUCCUCGAAAAUUUGAACUUUGGAAUUCAAAGCAGCCCAAGUAAAACUGUGAAAGAUUUAUUAAUUCGAAAGUGAAAUAAAAUCCAUCUUUAUAUCAGAAAUUGAAUUUUUAAAAAUUGGACAUUUUUUUAAAUUUCCACAACAGGUUUAGGCCUAUAUCAGGAAAUGCAAUUCCAAAAAACGAAAGAAAACGUUUUCAAAAAUUGAUUAUUAUCUUUUCAAAAAUUGAUAUUUUGAAAAGUUCAAACCUCACAGUAUGAGUAGGUAGCUAGGUAUCUACCUGCUUCAAAAAAAAAAAAAAAAAAAAAAAAAAAUGAAAAAUGUUU